AUGGUCUGCGCCGAUGUGGCUGCCAGGAUUCAGCGUGGUAAGUUGGACCGCUACUGGGAGGUUCCUGAAAGGUUAAAAAUGAAUUCGCACUCAGCUCCACAGAUUGUGGUUAACAGGACAAAUGUCCAGGACGAGGCAGACUGUGGGGAAGGUGUAGAUUUGCCUACAGAUGACCAUCUGAUGACUUUGAAGGCCUUAACAGAGAAACUAAGACUGGAGACCAGGAGACCCUCCUACCUGGAGUGGCAAGCCCGGCUUGAGGCAGAUCGCUUCAGAGACUCAGAAACUGGGACUAAAGGGAAAGUAGUUAGACACAAGGAGACUUCAGUGGACCCAGAUGUGAGUCAGCCCAAGUUGCCAUCAGGUGGACUUAAGGGAUUUGAAAACAUUGAUGAAGCUCUAACCUGGCUCAGAAGAGAACUGACAGAUAUGCGCUUGCAGGACCAGCAGCUGGCGAGGCAGCUCAUGCGGCUUCGGAGUGACAUCAACAAGCUGAAGAUUGAACAGACGUGCCAUCUGCAUCGCCGAAUGCUCAACGACGCCACCUUUGGCCUCGAGGAACGGGAUGAGCUGUCGGACCUGUUGUGUGAAUGCCCGGUCACCCCGGGCCUCGGCCUCUCUGCCCCGCUGAGACUGAUCGGAGUCACCAAGAUGAACAUUAACUCUCGCCGAUUCUCGCUCUGCUAG